UUUGAUGUGAAUCUACCAUUAGCAUCGUUCAAGGACAGGUUGUCUGCUGUAAAAAUGGACAAAGAUCUACGUUUGCAGUUCACUUCUUCUCCGAUGCUGUAUGUUGUCUGGCUGUGUCUUUGUCUGAUGACUGUCCGGGCACAAGACGGAAAAGUCACGUGCUCUGUACCGCCAGUGGAAGAGUUUCAUGACACAGUACUGACAUGUCACUUCCCCGAGGACUUGAGUGUUUCCAAUAAAGACUUUACGGUCUACCACUACAGAAGUAAUGACAAUCCAGAAGCUGUCCUAGACUGUUGUUGGAUCAGGGGUGUUCGUAAGUGCUCCACACACCCAGACUUUGUGUACAACAACAUCGUCAGCCGGACACUGAGUAUUACAGUUCGUCACGUGACGACUAAUCACACCGGCAGGUACGCCUGUCAGAUCGCCAACUACGAGCCCAGGUUCCUGGAAUCUUGCGAGUUGCGCUUAAAACCGGGCAUAGAAAACACAUGCUCUAUUAAUAAAGAAGAAUCGCAAUCAAGCGCAACGCUGACCUGUUAUUUUAGCGAGGACAUUGGAAAAACGCAGAGAAACUUUACUGUAGUCAAGUAUAAUGGCCAGGACAUGACAGAGGUCACUAAGUGUUGGUGGGUGGAUGGACAUAAUCACUGUAAGUUUGCGGAUGGUUACAUCAACAUCUCCAGCGUGUCUUCCUAUUACACUGUUUUAAUAUCGGAAGUGAAAAUAGAGAAAGAAGGCAACUACUCCUGCUGGUACUCAGGCUCUGACACUAACCAGGAGACGUGUCUCCUUCACCUGUCUGAUGAAGAAGCAGACGAAGAGCAAAGCGGCACCAUCCUGGUAACCGUGCUGAUACCAACGUUGGUGGGUGUAGCUGGAGUAGUAGCUGCAGCUGUCGUCUUAUUUCUGACAUACAGACGGUAA